AGUGUGUGACAGGGAGAACAGACGAGGAGGAGUGGAGAACAGACCGGAGAGCGUUAGCUUUAAAUUACCUUUCAACACAGACGCACUGAAUGUCAAGCUACUAUGCAAAGAGGGAUGCUGUUGAAGAAAAGGGAGAGAAAUGCCCUUAUCGGUCGUCUCGGCAAUAACAAUAUAGCACGCGCCCUUUACAAAAGUAACUGAUAUCGCACAAAAGCAGCAGGGGAAACGGAACGGGGAGAAAGCAGCGGCGAACUAUGCACUGAGGAUGAUUUCUGCCAGAAAAACUCCGGAGAAGAGUCGCUACCACCUGCAUUAUCUGGUGUGGAAUAACAAACACCGGCAGCUGGAGAAAGAGCUCUCAGUGCGUGAGCAGGUCGAUUUGGAAGUGUUGGACCCACGGGGCCGGACUCCUUUGCACCUUGCAGUGACGCUGGGUCAUUUAGAAUGUGCCCGUUUGCUAGUUCAGCAUGGAGCCGAUGUCAGCAAAGAAAACAGAAACGGUUGGACAGUGUUGCAGGAAGCCAUCAGCACACGUAACCCAGAGCUGGUACGGCUGGCGCUGCGUUACCGUGACUACCAGCGUACCACUAAACGACUGGCAGGGAUCCCGCGUCUGCUGGAGAGACUCCGACAGGCACAGGAUUUUUACGUGGAGAUGAAAUGGGAGUUUACCAGUUGGGUUCCUCUGGUGUCACGCAUCUGUCCGAGUGACACAUAUCGAGUGUGGAAGAGCGGCCAGUGCCUGCGGGUGGACACAACACUCAUGGGAUUUGAGCAAAUGACCUGGCAAAGAGGCAAUCGCAGCUUCAUAUUCAGGGGUCAAGACUCCAAUGCCAUGGUAAUGGAGGUGGAUCAUGACAGACAGCUGGUGUUUUGCGAGACGCUGCCGUGCAUCUCUUCCUCUCCCAGCUCGCCCUCCCCCAAAUCCUGCACAACCUCUUUGAACCUUUUAGGGGCGCUGCAGCCUAGCGAUGAACAGGUAGCGGCCCGUCUAUCUGCACCAGUAGUGGCCACUCAGCUGGACACUAAGAACAUCUCCUUUGAGAGGAAUAAAACAGGAAUUCUUGGCUGGAGGAGUGAGAAAACAGAGGUGGUGAAUGGCUAUGAAUCAAAGGUUUACUGUGCCUCUAAUGUUGAACUGAUCACACGAACGCGUACCGACCAUCUUACAGACCAGCACAAAACAAAACCCAAAGGCGGCAAGACACCUCUGCAAUCCUUCCUGGGUAUCGCUGAACAGCACAUGGGGCCUAACAAUGGCCACACUAUGGUGACUCAGAUAUCAUGCCCCACAACGAACCCUCUGGCCGUGACGGCUGACGAGUACUUUAAUCCCACCAUGAGUCAGAGAGACAUCGGCCAGCCCUGUUACCUCACCACCAAAACACAAAGGUUCAAAGCUAAGCUGUGGUUGUGUGAAUCGCACCCUCUGUCUCUGGAGGAGCAGGUGGCUCCUAUCAUUGACCUCAUGGCCAUCUCCAACACUCUGUUCGCUAAGCUUAGAGACUUUAUCACCUUACGCCUGCCUCCGGGCUUCCCUGUCAAGAUAGAAAUUCCCAUCUACCACAUCCUGAAUGCUCGGAUCACCUUCGGGAACCUGAAUGGUUGUGAAGAAGGUGGUUUGCCACGAGUGGAGACCGAAGUUGAAGGACAGAAGGAGAGUCCCAGGACAGAGACACCCUCUCCAGGCAGCGACUCUUCCAGUGUGUCGAGCUCCAGCUCCACAAACUCAUGCCGUGGAGGAGAGAUUCCAGCUUGUGUGUUCGAGGCUCCUCGAGGCUACAGCAUUUUAGGAGGAAACCAAAGGGAGAACAUUAGAGAGGAGGAGGAUGAUCUGCUACAGUACGCCAUCCAGCAGAGUCUGAUAGAGGCCGGAUCAGAGUACGACCAGGUGACAAUCUGGGAGGCUUUGACCAACAGUAAGCCUGGAACACAUCAUCUGUCCUGUGACCCCAGUCGGCACGAAAGAACCCCACAGCACAAAGCCAGUCCCGUGGAGAGCCCUCGCAGCACACCUACCAAUAAACCACCGUGCAGCUACGACGAGCAGCUCCGUCUUGCCAUGGCCCUGUCUGCCCGAGAGCAGGAAGAGGCGGAGCUUCGCCAAAGACGAGAAGAAGAGGAACUGCAGCGUAUCAUACAGCUGUCACUCAUGGAGAAGUGACAGAGCUUUUGGGAACCAAGGGGUGGGAGAGCAUGCCUGGGAUCUGAAACCAACGUGAACUAUGAUUGGCCGCUCCCAAAAGCCCCACCCCCCUCUUCUUCCAAAGAACUGCAUAAAACGGGCUGCUCUCUGGUCCAACAAGUCUUUCAGAAUCACAGAGAAACCUUCACUCUGCAAGUUUACAACACAAACUACUAAACUCAUGGCAAUCCACGGACUGAUCAGUCUCCUACUGUGUGAAUGUGCAUUUAUGACUGAGACGGUCUGCACUGCGUAUCUUGGCGUCAUUUUUGAAAGUCAUCAUCCAAGCACUGGCCAGUUCUCAGUGGUGGGUUUGAGUUCUGGGGGAUUUGUGUCACUUUUUUAAUUUUGCAAUAUGGAUGUAAAGAACUUUAGUUCUGGUUGUUAAUACACACAAAAAUACACUGCACUUGGUUUGUGGAGCUGUAAUGUCUCCUAACAGAAGGAGCACAUGGGCACAUUUCUUGAUGGAAAUGCUGCAUUCAUAUAAAAAAUGCAGAAAAUGACGGCGUUAUACAACCAUACGUUGCUUACUAAUACUUAAAAACAAAAAUAACAUUUAAAUUCAAACUAAACAUGCACAGAAAUAUGAUCCAAGUUAGUUAGUCGAUUGGCAGAAGUAAAACGACAAUGCUCUCUCUUAUAAUAGGAGGUGCUUAUGGAAAAGCACAGCACUUUUCCACAAGGUAUGGUCUAGCGUCAGAGAAGUUCAGUGGUCUAGUCUUCGGACAAGUAAACCUGUGAUGUCAGUAGGCAGAGCUUCCACUACACUAAGUUUUGUUAUCGCCACAUUAUUGAUAACGUGAUUGGUCUGGCAUCCUGAGCCCAUCCUGAGCGAAUGCCACCUGCAGAAUGUUUCAUGUUCUGGAGUCAGACUCUGUCUUCAGCCCGUUCUCUAUAGCAGAGGUCCCCCAGGUCAUGAUCUAAUAGGCCACAAGAAUGUAAAAUGACUAUAUGCAAUGACACUGUAUUAUUUAUU